AUGUCUGACGAUUUACAGAAUAAAAUUGCCGAACUGGGCAUGACAAUUAGGAAAUUAAAAAGCGAUAAAGCUCCAUCUGACGAGAUUGAAAAGGAAGUAGCAAAGUUACUGGCCCUGAAGGCAGAAUUAGGAGAUGACUCACAAACCGGGAAAUUCGUACUCAAAUGCCCUAAGGGAACUAGAGAUUACAAUCCUCUGCAAAUGGUCAUCAAGGAAGAAGCAUUCAGUAAGAUCAUAAAAUGCUUCAAAAAGCAUGGGGCUGUCUCUAUUGAUACUCCGGUCUUCGAGUUAAAAGAAACCCUAACAGGCAAAUAUGGGGAAGACAGCAAACUCAUCUACGACCUCGCUGAUCAGGGUGGGGAAGUUUUAUCCCUACGAUACGAUUUAACUGUUCCAUUUGCUCGUUACGUAGCCAUGAAUAAGAUCCAGAACAUCAAGAGGUACCACAUAGCCAAGGUAUAUAGAAGGGACAAUCCCGCUAUGACCAGAGGCAGAUUUAGGGAAUUUUACCAAUGUGAUUUUGAUAUAGCAGGCCAGUAUGAUCCAAUGCUUCCAGAUGCUGAGUGUGUUAAGUUGGCUGCAGAAAUUUUGACCUCGUUAAAUAUAGGUCAGAUCAUUAUAAAGGUCAACCAUAGAAAGUUGUUGGAUGGCAUGUUUGCCGCUUGUGGCAUACCUACAGAGAAGUUCAGGUCCAUCAGUUCGUCCGUUGAUAAGCUGGACAAGACACCAUGGGAGGAAGUUAAGGAAGAAAUGGUGAAAGAGAAAGGCUUGGAUGAACAUUGUGCUAAUCUUGUUGGAGAAUAUGUCAGAUUAAAUGGUGGCAAAGAAUUAAUCGAGAAAUUAGAGAAAGACGAGAAGUUAUCCAAAGAAAAGUUAGCUAUGGAAGGUCUGAAGGAUAUGAACGUUUUAUUGAAGUUCUGUGAGAUUUAUGGUGUCAUUGAUAUGGUUCUGUUCGAUCUGAGUUUGGCGAGGGGUCUGGAUUAUUAUACUGGUGUCAUCUUUGAAGCUGUCGUUCAAGGUAAGCAGCACAUAGCCAAACCAACCGCAAACGGCGGCGACGACCCGGGUUCGAACGCGGGCGUGGGCAGUGUAGCCGGCGGAGGGCGCUACGACGAUUUAGUGGGUAUGUUCGACCCGAAGGGCCGCAAAGUCCCUUGCGUCGGUAUCAGUUUCGGCAUCGAGAGGAUCUUCUCCAUCAUGGAACAGAAGAUAGCGGAGGAAAAGUUGGAGAGGAGGACUACCGAGACUGAAGUUUUUGUCGCCUCUGCGCAGAAGAAUCUGGCCGAGAAGAGGGCUGAGCUGUGUCGUAUGCUCUGGGAUGCUGGUAUCAAGACCGAGCAGGCAUACAAAUACAACCCGAAACUGUUGAACCAGCUGCAAUAUUGUGAAGAGAACAAGAUACCCAUCGCCGUCAUCGUUGGAGAGGCUGAACUGGAGAAAGGGGUGGUCAAGUUGAGGAAAGUUAAAACGAGGGAAGAGAGAGAUGUGCCAAGAUCUGAAUUGGUGUCUGCCAUCAGGGAAGAACUCAAGAACAUCAAUUAG